AUGGAAGAGCAAGGAUUGUUAAGUUAUGUGAAAAAAAUGGUACACUCCUUAAUCGUUUCAACGCCACAGGAUAUGACUGUGGAACAAUUGAAACGUGAUUAUAUUAACGUAGACGGAGUUCCUCUACCCUUUAGCAAGCUGGGCUUUAAAGACGUUGAAAGCUUUUUGCGUUCUAUUCCUGACACUGUUUCUGUAAGAGGAUGUGGUCCUAUGGCUCUAUUGGUGGCCAAGAAAAAUGAGAAAUCGGCCCACAUUCAAAGUUUGGUCCAAUGCCAAAAGAAGCCAAGUGUAAAAGCGCGCAAACAAAUUUGGACAAGAUAUCCUACCGAACGAUCAGAUCUUGUCUUCGUGAAUGAGAAGUCGAACGCAAGCAGGCCAGUUUACAAUAAUAAUCGAGGACGAGGAAGCUAUGCGACCAACAAAAACAACUACAACUCAAGACAGGUGCAUCAACGACCUUCGACAAACUUAAUCGCAAGUUCGCUUAAGAAGGUCUCUAUUGCAAAUGUCGAAGAAGAAGACAAUGUCAAACAUUGCUUGCCCGAUAAUAAGGAGGAUAUUAAGCCCAUUAUUUCUGAUCAUACGGUCAAAAAUGACAAUAAUUUGAAUAAAAAACCAAUUGCAACUUAUCACACAGAAUAUAUAUCAUCGGACGAAGGCUGUGAUGAAGAUGCCCUUCCAGCGUAUGCUGUGGAUGACCAAAUUCGAAAUUUAAUUGUAAACGAUAACAGAGUGAUCGAUGUGAAACCCGAAAUUAGAACUGUAUUAAUAGAGCCCAAAAAAGAGCCCGUCGACAAAUACGUAUCCUCCGAUGAUGGUAACGAUGAGGAAGCCAUACCGGGAUAUGCUGUGGAUGACCGUGUCUUAAAAGUGGACUAUCCAACGGAUGCUGUUCGUUAUGAUUUUGUACUGCCAGUUCGCGACAUCAAUAAGAGACUUAAGCUAGAUGAUCGCAUUCGAGUGAAGCUUGUGACGGUAUCAAGUCCACACAGCUUCUUCUUUUGGAUACAGGACGAGGAGUACGAUACCUACAAGGCAAUGGCAAUUAAUAUGCAAUUCUAUUAUAGAGACAUAGAUAUGAAAAAAUACACUAUUCCAUUGCACCUUGUUAUGCCUGGACAUUUGGGAGCCAUUCACACCAGGGGAACUUUCUGGCAGCGCGUUCGUGUGCUUGCUGUGAAGAUGGGCCAUCCAAUGAAUAUUGAGGUGGAGCUCAUUGAUACGGCCGAGAGAAUGUGGAUUACCCACAGCGAUCUGAAGUGUCUAUCCAAAGAUUUUGCCACACUGCCAGCUCAAUGUCUUUACGGAAGACUGGCCAAUAUUAUGCCCAGGCAAGGUGGACACUUUUCUGCAGAUGCCAGCAAAUAUUUUUACGAUCUCGUAGCUUACCGCCAACUCUUUGCAAAAGUCGAGAAAAUCAACAAUGCGGAUAACGCCGUUCACAUGAUACUUGUGGACUCGAGUUCGAGUUCGAAAUCUGCUGUGAAUAUUAAUUUAUCACUCCUCGAGCUAGGAUUGGUGCUCCGCAGUUAUAAUCCUUAA